GAGUUGGGGACAGUGAUGAGGUCACUAGGUCAGAACCCGACAGAAGCCGAGUUACAAGACAUGAUUAACGAAGUGGACGUGGAUGGAAAUGGUACACUUGAUUUUCCCGAAUUCCUCUCCAUGAUGGCCCGUAAAGGGAAGGAGGAAAACGAUAGUGAAGAGGAGCUAAAAGAAUCGUUUAGGGUAUUUGAUAAAGACGGAAAUGGCUAUAUCAGUGCAGCUGAAUUACGACACAUUAUGACAAAUCUAGGAGAAAAACUAACAGAUGACGAAGUGGAUGAAAUGAUCCGAGAGGCUGACCUCGAUGGUGAUGGACAAAUUAAUUACGAGGAAUUCAAAGAGGCGUUCAGCCUGUUCGACAAAGAUGGCGACGGUACCAUAACAACAAAAGAGUUGGGGACAGUGAUGAGGUCACUAGGUCAGAACCCGACAGAAGCCGAGUUACAAGACAUGAUUAACGAAGUGGACGUGGAUGGAAAUGGUACAAUUGAUUUUCCCGAAUUCCUCACCAUGAUGGCCUGUAAAAUGAAGGAUAGGGAUAAUGAAGCGGAGAUGAAAGAAGCGUUUGAAAUUUUUGAUACAGACAGAAAUGGCUUAAUCAGUGCAUCUGAAUUACGAAACGUUAUGACAAAUCUAGGAGAAAAACUUACAGAUGAUGAAGUAAAUGAAAUGAUUAGAGAGGCUGACGUCGAUGGUGAUGGACAAAUUAAUUACGAGGAGUUUAAGGAGGCAUUCAGUCUCUUUGACAAAGACGGCGACGGUACCAUAACAACAAAAGAGUUGGGGACAGUAAUGAGGUCACUUGGCCAGAACCCGACAGAAGCCGAGUUACAAGACAUGAUUAACGAGGUGGACGCUGAUGGAAACGGAACGAUAGACUUCCCAGAAUUCCUGACAAUGAUGGCACGGAAAAUGAAGGAUACUGACAGUGAAGAAGAAAUCCAUGAGGCAUUCCGUGUAUUUGAUAAAGAUGGAAAUGGCUUUAUCAGUGCAGCUGAAUUACGACACGUUAUGACAAAUCUAGGAGAAAAACUAACAGAUGAGGAAGUGGAUGAAAUGAUCCGAGAGGCUGACGUGGAUGGUGAUGGACAAGUUAAUUACGAAGAAUUCGUGAAAAUGAUGACAUCAAAACUCGAAUUAGCCCUUAAAGGUGAUAAUAGUUUAAGAGUGUUGAUCAUAGUAACUAUUGGUAAACAUGGUUGGAUAGGAGGUUGUAAACAUAUGAAGAUAGUUGACAGCAAAAGAGAUGCCGAUCAACUAACAGAAGAGCAAAUAGGCGAAUUCAAAGAAGCGUUCAGUUUGUUCGACAAAGAUGGAGACGGUACUGUGACAACCAAAGAGUUGGGGACAGUGAUGAGGUCACUAGGUCAGAACCCGACAGAAGCCGAGUUACAAGACAUGAUUAACGAGGUGGACGCUGAUGGAAACGGCACGAUAGACUUCCCAGAAUUCCUGACAAUGAUGGCACGGAAAAUGAAGGAUACUGACAGUGAAGAAGAAAUCCGUGAGGCAUUCCGUGUAUUUGAUAAAGAUGGAAAUGGCUUUAUCAGUGCAGCUGAAUUACGACACGUUAUGACAAAUCUAGGAGAAAAACUAACAGAUGAGGAAGUGGAUGAAAUGAUCCGAGAGGCUGACAUCGAUGGUGAUGGACAAGUUAAUUACGACGUGCUACGUUUAGCCUUCGAUCAUUUUGACAAGAACAGAGAUGGGACCAUAACUUUAAAUGAGUUUGGUGAUGUGUGUCAGGCCCUGGGACGAAAUCCUACCAAAGAAGAUAUCAAAGACAUGAUCAGUGACGUGGAUAAAGACAAAAACGGUAAGCUGACCUUAGAUGAAUUUGUUUCGCUUAUAAAAAAACACCAACGUAACCAAACGAAAGCUGACAGAGAGGCUGAAUUGAAAGAUGCGUUUGGAAUCUUUGACAAAAAUAAGAACGGUUUUAUCUGUGCAAAGGAGUUACGGAAAGUGAUUCAGGGUUGUGGGGAGACACUGACGGACGAGGAAGUCGAUGAAAUGAUGGCGAUCGCUGACACAAAUAAAGACGAUAAUAUUGACUACAACGAAUUUGUGAAGCUAUUUGCGUGA